AUGAAGCAAGGUACACCGGCUCAGGGAGGCAGCGCCAUUACGCCUGUCUCUGAAGUUCCCGUCGAGCAUCGCGAGGGAGACAAGGAGACCCAUGAAUAUGCCGGCAUGACGGCAACCUAUGUCGAUGAGAAGAAAAGCAGAGAGUUGUUUUGGAUCAUCAACCGCCGCAUUCUGGCCUGUAUGCUGGGCACCUACUUCUGUCAGUCUCUCGACAAGGGCACUCUUGGCUUUGCUUCUGUGAUGAACAUUAGACAAGAUGCUGGUCUUACGCACAAUAACCAAUUCAGCUGGCUCGGCACCAUCCUCUACAUGGGCGUGUUGGUCGGAGAGUAUCCGACCAACAUGUUGCUGCAGAAGUUUCCGGUCGCCAAGUAUCUCUCCGUCAACGUCUUCUGCUGGGGCGUGGUCAUUGCCUGCUCUGCCGCCGCCAAGAACUUUGCCGGGCUGAUGGUUGUUCGGUUUCUGCUCGGAGUCUUUGAAAGUUGUGUCCAACCUGCCUUCAUCAUCAUGACUUCCAUGUGGGUCGGUGGCCUCAUCGCAUACGGCGCGUCGCACUACAACGGCCACGACAUCAAGUCGUGGCAGUUGCUUUUCCUCGUCCUGGGCGCCGCAACCUGCGUCUGGGGCUUGUUCAUCGGGUGGUGGCUCCCCGACUCGCCCAUGGCCGCGAAGUGCUUCAACGAGGACCAGAAGCGUCUUAUGAUCGAGCGUGUCCGCGCCAACGAGACCGGCAUCCAGAACAAGACGUACAAGCGCUACCAGAUGGUAGAAGCCGUGACCGACCCUGUGGUCUGGUGCUACGUGUUGCUCCAGGUCACUUCGACCUUGAUCAUCGGCGGGCUGGGCGUCUUCUCCAACUUGAUCAUCUCCUCGUUCGGCUUCACGUAUCUCCAGACACAGCUUCUGAAUAUCGCCCAGGGAGCGGUCACGAUCAUCGUCAUGCUUGGUAGCGCAACGCUGGCGACCUGGUCGAAACAGACUGCUUGGGUUAUGCAUGCUUGGACAAUCCCCGCGAUCAUCGGCACAGCGGUAAUCUACAGCAUCCCGCCGUCGGGGUCCAAUCGCAUCGGCCUCCUGAUCGCCUUCUACUGCACUCAGUUCUACCUCGCCGAGGGCAACCUCAUCUUCUCCCUCAUCUCCCGCAACAUCGCCGGCCAGACCAAGAAAUCCACCACCUUGGCCAUGACCUUCAUCGGCUGGGCCGCGGGCAACAUGACGGCGCCCCAGAUCUUCCAGGACAGCGACGCGCCGCGCUACCGCAAGGGCUUUACGGCCCACUUCUGCCUCUACGUCCUCUUCAACCUUUUCCUCGUUCUGAUGCGGUUCCUGCUUGUCCGCCGCAACAAGGCCAAGCGCACGGCUGCCGCCGCCGCUGCAGACCCUUCGAGCAUGGCCGGUGAGGAGAUAUCCGAGGAUGGCAAGGCUGGUGUCAAGGGGCAUGGGGGCGAGGACGAGAAGAUUGAGCAUUCGAACGCUUUUGCGGACUUGACGGAUAAGGAGAACCCCGAUUUCAGAUACGACUUUUAA